AAGCUGAAAAGAGUGGGAAAUAGGAGUAUCCACGGAACAAAUAAAGGGAUGAAAAAAGCUACCGCCGCCCUUGGUGGUUAUCAAGGCGGAGCCACAACAUCGGCCGAGGAAAUCUGAUACAAUGGGAGACGGCGAUGAUCAAGACAAAGAGGAAUUUCGGGAAAACUUGACUGAUGUUAAGCUGAAAGAGAAGAUUAAGCGGCAGGAGCGGAUUCUGGAAUACCUUGCCUCUAAAUUGCCGGAUAAAGGCAAGAAGAUUAGGGAUCGACUUCAGCAACUUGAGGAGGGGAAAAAACGGAGAACAUUUACGCGACAGAAGAUGUAUCAUUUGUUGGACAGCUUGCUGAUGAAUGUGAGAAACUCUCGCAACCUCCAAGCUCACAUAAGGUUGGUAAGGUUUCAAGAAAAUUGGGAUUGUUUUUUAGCCCUGUGUGGGAAUCUUUAGUUAACUUAGGUUUCCAAGCAUCCAGGAAAUUAUGUUGAUCCUGGGGUUCUACUGUAGUAGUGUCGUUUAUCCUUAACACGGGUUUAAUGAUAUAUUAUGAAAUUCAACUUGAAAUGGUUCAUUUGUUGUUCCUUAAGUAAUGAUGAACGUAGUCUUCGUGGGAGUAGUCUGAAUUUGAGCUGAUGGCAUUUGACACAAAAGGGAGUAGUCUAAGAUAAUGUGGCAUAAUGGCGAAAGCUUUGCUGCUCUAGUUGGUGUGGGGAAAAUGUACUUUGAUUAAAUAUCAUGUUGAUCAAGCUGGAUAGUAUAUGUUGUAUAAUUCCAUCUUUGACAUGAAUCCAUCAA